GAAUACUUCAGCGUUAGUUUCGAGGUAGGCGAUGACGUCUUGACUUCCUUCGACCGGGAGGAGUUUUUGCCGGCAACUCGAGGAACUUACCUGGUGGAUGUGCUGAGUCCAGCUUGUGAGCGUCGCGGCGUCGAUUUAUCGCGCGUCGAAGUUCUGGACAGUUCCUCGACGCCGUUAUCCCUGCUGACGACGGACGCUUCCACCCUCGGCGGAAAACACCUACGAGUAAUCGUUAAAGACGAAAGAUUGAAUUCUCGAACGCCCAGUCAAAGAGGAAAUCAGAACGUGCUGUUACGGAAAGCCAGUGGGAAUUAUCGGAGUCGAAGCGGUCGUUUCUUCAGCGUUUCCACCGAGGACACAAAUGUUGACUCUGAGGUUGGUGCUUGCACAACGGUGUCUUCCGGUCGAAGUUCCGCCGGGGCUACAGGACUCAAGGCCAGUAAACAGCGAUGGAGUGGAUUCUUCACUAACACUAAGGGUAUCAAGAUGGACUUAUUAACCGCCCAACUAGACGAAUACAACAAACACGGCGUGCCGAAACUCGCGAACGUUCAUUUGCAGUGCGACGUAACGAUCAGUGAAGAAGCUCUUUACAAUUUAGAGGGAGACUGGCGCGACAUCGUCGAGAAUUCACAGAUACUUUCUGAAAAACACACGCAGCAGCAGACUGCACUCUGGGAACUGGCUGAGACCGAAGUAGCCUACAUUAAGACGUUAAAGGUUGUGACUGAUCUCUUUAUGGCGUGUCUCUGUAGCCUGCAAGUCUCGAAUAUCUUGAUCGAGGUCGACAGGCUGAAACUCUUCAGCAAUAUACCUGAUAUCUACGCCGCCAAUCGCUACUUUUGGACUGAGUACCUACUCGCGAUGGUGAAUGCGUCGCGGUCGAGCGGACAGCCGCUCGAUCCCGGCCAUCUUCUAUUGGGCUUCGAAACUUUCGAGCAAACGUUUGCGCCUUACACAAGAUACUGUGCCGAGCAGAGCAAGUGUCAGCAGUAUUGCAAGGAUCGGUUAAACGAUAAUCAGCUUUUCACAGCAUACUUGGUGUGGUGCGAAACGCAAAAGGACUGCAACCGACUGAAACUUAUGGAUAUACUGGUCAUGCCAAUGCAGAGGCUCACUAGAUAUUCGCUCCUGCUCAAAGCCGUCUACAAGAACACAGAAAAUGAAGAUCAACGCACAGAAUUGAUACACAUGAUUAAAUCCGUGGACGGUUUUGUGGUGUCCGUGAAUGCUGCAUUGAGGAGGAACGAGGAGGCUGCUCAGCUGGUCCACGCAGCCUCGCGUCUGGAAUGCUAUGACGUCGUGGAAACCAAAGGGCUCGACGAAGAAGUGGAGAAACUGAUAAGGUUGUACAGCAAUCUCGAUAUUACUACGGCACCGAUGCCCGGCUGUCCUAAGGACAGCUUGAGAACUCUUCUUCGAGAAGGAGAUUUAAAGUUAAGAGACGCCGCCACCAGUAAGAUGGAAGUGCACGUACUUUUGUUGACUGACAUGCUGCUAAUUUGCAAACCGUCGACGAAGAAAAUGUUGAAGAUCAUUAGGCAGCCAUACGUCGUCGACCGCAUACGGAUACACGAGGUCAAGGAGCUAUCUAGCCUUGGAUUGGUUUAUCUUAACGAGUACGGGACAGUUUCCGCCGCUUUAAUUCUCAGCGCCGGUGACCCGAAACUAGCCAAGUCGUGGAUGGACUCUUUGAAACAGGCUCAGCAACAAUUCAUAUCGAUGAAAGUUCCGUCGCUCGGUGAACCCGUGAUGAAUCUGACGUCUGUCAGCAGACAGCCGAGCACAUUGGGCGAUGGCGAUUUCGAAGUAGAAGAGUAUGACAGUACCUUCCCAAGAACUCCACGCGGCAGUAGCAGAGCUUCGCACGGCAGCAGUCUCGCUCACAGUCACAGUGGUAGCAUGGAGAUGGAAGGUGCAUCUCCGGGUAGCAGUAGCUUCCUACCGAGCUACAAUCCCAGCAGGAAUGUCAGCGUGGAUACAAACGAGCAACCGCGAGCAUCAAGUUCGCUGUCAUCGGAAGAAGGUGGUGAAUCCAGCUCCGGGCACAAUCGAACUAUACACAUGAGGCGCUCGUUGAUGAAUAAAUCUCCAACACCAAAUACUCUGAGCGUCCACGUGCCGUACUCGAGUCUGGGUCAAUCGCUGCCCAAUCUGACGUUGGCCACCUCACCACAGACUUCCACUGUAUCGCCGACGCCACCAAACUCGUUACUGAUCGUACCACAGAUGACCAAGAGCAAGGACACUCUACUUUCACCAGGACACCGAGGUAUAUCCUACCCACCGCCGUCACCGCCGCGAGGUGCUCUCAGACGAGGGUUCGCGUUACCGCAAUCUCGGAAUCCGCCCUUGAUGAAAACGAGGCACGUAAAUGCAUCCCUGACACAAUCAGCACAAGUAACCAUGGGCAAUUCCGAUACCGAGGUUAUUGAAGAAAGACGGAGAAGGAUAGAUCCUUCUCAGAGAGUACCAUCGACGAGCAGUAUCGUUGAAGAAAAGAAAUGACCUGCAAAUUGACCUGAAAGAAGAAUUUUCCGAACGUUUGGUAUGGACCACAUCGUCGACAUGGAUGUACGUGAUAUGUAGAGGCUCGACGUGAUAUGUAAUGCUCGACGUGGAUGCACAUGAUAUGUAAUGCUCAACGAGAUGCAUUCUUCUCUCUAUGUGUGGGUACUGCAUACAGAAAAUUCGAGGAGCAUUGAUCUUCGAGGAUUGAUUGUCUCGCACUCUUUGGAAUCCUACAAAACGAGUCAAUCAAUACAUUACAAUCGAUUGGGGCCAUUCGAAAUCAACGUGUGAAGUUUGUACCAUUAUCGUAUUGCUACUUUUAUCUCGUUAUCUCCUUGUAAUUCGUAGAUGUCUCUUUGUAAUAAACUAAGUCCGUGUUAUCUAUAAUUAAUAUCGCAUCGUGGCGUUAUCGGCUGCGUGCAAUAUUAAAUACAGAUUUCGACUUAGACUUUUAAGCGAUGAACAGAAGGCCUACUUAGAGUAACUAUAUUAAGAUUUCAUAGUGAAUGUAGGGCCGCAGCUAGCGUAUAAUACGCCUUUUUAAAGGAGUUCAUUUAGGCGCCUUAUGAUAGAACAAAAAUCUUUGAAGAAUCGAAGAAAAUUGAAAAUUGAUUUCGAGCGAGGAAACCAGGAAUGUGCAAAAGUAUAAGUUGGCGUCUUUCUUUCCCUUUUUCCAUUGUAGGGGCACAAUGCCUACCCAACGACCAAAAAAGAAAGAGAAAAUUUUGAGUACAAUUGCCUUGUUUAGAUUUAACGCAUUAAUGAGAAAUAAGAGCAUACAAAGACAUCGAAACCUUUAAAAAUUUGUAGACUUUAAAUCGUUGCGUUCAUUCUAAAGAAAAGUCUCAAUUUUAUGGUGCGAUAUGUAAUCAACAUCGCGCAAUUCAGACAUCGAAAUGGAAAUGACAGUUACUUCAUCUGUUUUAUUUAGCUAAUCAGUCUUUGCCUAAAAUUUAUUUUACUUUUUGU